CUCGGGUCCAAUCUUGCGCCCUCUGCUGUUCCAAUACAAUUGCUGCACGAAGGCGGACAUUGGUGGCGAAAAAUGCGCUUUUACGGUCACUUCGUAACGAAAAGGUCAGGCCCGCUGUCUGCAACAUCCGGCAUGCGAACUCUCGAGUGAUGCCGAAAAAGAUUUCGGGUGCUGGUCAUGGUGUCCGGGGUGAAGGUGUGGGACCCCCUCCACGCGGGCCUAAUUCACUCUCGCCUGAGUGAAGGACACCUGGGUUCCGCGUUAGCGCCCCCCUGCGCCCUCAUACGUCGUGCCGCCGAGGACUCCGCGUCCCUCCAGAGUCAGAACCAGACCACGUUUUCGUCCACUCCUUUCACUCUAAUAGCCGCAGAACCCCAUCAUUCACCUGUUCUCUCAGACCGGGCCAAACCAAACCCUCAGACCAAGCGAGGGGAGGGGAAAGGGGUAACCCGUCGGCUGGAGAUGAAGGGGAAAAGGCAUUGUAAUCGAGGAGAUGCGGUGAUGGAGGACAGGCCGGAAAGCAUGGCCGACGGAGCUAAAAAUGCAAAAAUCACCCUAAGCUUCCCAGUUAGCGCCGGGCCCCUCCCGGCCUCACUGACGUCAUCCAGCUAUUGUCGUAACGCCGCGUCAUCCUCUUCCCCACACAGACGCCGGCCUUCUUAUAAGAGCUCAGACGAGGGGUCUCUAUGGAAACUGGACUCCACCAUGGACGUAAAGCACAGACCUUUUAAGCCCCAAAGGCACGACAGUUCUCCGUCCUCGUCUCCCUCCUCAUCCCCAAUGACUGUUCACGCACUUAUCAGAAAGGAUAUAAAAUCCCCGCCUCCUCUCAAGUGCUCCAAACUGUCUCCAGAGACCCAGUUUCACAAGUCUGCGGGAGGAUGUUCUAGCUCCGCUCUAGCGGGCUCAUACGGCGGAGACGGAUGGGACGAGAGACACAAGACCGCCAACGGCGCAGCUUCACCCUCACAAACAGCCCAGAUACUCUUCAGCCUGGGCACCUCGGCCUAUCCGAGAGGAGGCGGGGACGCAGAGAGGAAGGCGAAGAUUACGGGACGACCAGCUGGGAAGCUGGGAAGCCCUCGCGGACCAAGUCUACACCCACCCGCACUCCACCUCCCGCCCCCUCUUCCGCCACCCCCUCCUCCCCCAUCUGAGGGGCUCACUGCACCCCCCCACUCCUCCUCCUACUCCCCCACGGACAGCCUCAAGCCCGAACUGAUUUGUGGGGUUUGCCACCGACUCUUCAGCUCGGCCUCCUCACUCACUGUCCACAUGCGGCUGCAUCGUGGAAGCCGCGCCCUCAGCUGCCGUUUUUGCGGCAAAGUCUUCAUCCACAGCAAGCGACUGCAAUCUCACGAGGCCUCCUGCAGGGUGCCGGGGCUGCCUUCCCGCAUGGGCCCGUCUCUUGCUGUGCAGCCGAAGGAGGAGCCAUUGGAGGAAGGGGAAGUGAGAGUGGAGGAAGCGGAAAUGGACAUGAGUAAGGCCAGGCCGGAGAAAAAAGCAGGUAGCCUGUUGGCAUGUGUGCAAGGCGAUGAUGAUGCCGCAGCCACAGAGCUCCUAGCGAGUGACGAGAGCCAUUUUGUGAAGGUGGUGGACGGCAACGUCAUUUACUUCUGCUCUGUGUGCGAGCGCUCUUACAUGACAUUGUCCAGCCUUAAGCGUCAUUCCAACGUGCACUCGUGGCGACGCAGGUACCCGUGCCAUUACUGCGACAAGGUCUUUGCCCUGGCCGAGUACCGCACAAAGCAUGAGGUGUGGCACACUGGGGAGCGGCGUUACCAAUGCAUCUUCUGCUGGGAUGCCUUUGCGACCUACUACAAUCUCAAAACUCAUCAGAAGACCAUUCACGGCAUCAAUCCCAGUCUGAUCUCCAGUGAAAAGACAGCCAACGGCGGCUAUAAGCAGAAGGCAAACGCCCUCAAGCUCUACCGCCUCCUUCCCAUGCGCUCACAGAAGAGACCAUAUAAGACUUACAGUGACACAUUGCAUAACGGCCUGCUGAUGUCACCGGCUGAAGCCCCUUCCCUUUCUCUGCCGGGCCUGGGCUGUGCUCUUGGACCCGGGGACCUACCAAGUUUCAUCGGCGGGAACCACCCUCAGAGCGUCAAGCCUGACCCUGACGGCUUGUCUGAUGACAUCCUCAUUGCUGAACACAACCACUCUGGGUCGCCGCUCUUCCCCCAACCAGACUCCCCCCAGCUUAAAAAGCACGACGAGGCCCCCGAGUUAGAGCUGCAUCGAGGCGGCUCCAAAAUGUCCAGUAGCGGCAAAGCCAAAACUCACAAAAUGGCGAGAGACACGGACUCACCAAGCAUGCCCUCUGUGAUCACAUAUGGACGCACAAAACCCUCUGUCAUAGUUCACGGAACCGCUGUGUCAUCCUCUGUCAUUGUGCACAGCAACCAGCUAUCCCCUGGGAGUGAACAAAACAAACCUUCUGAAAUCAACGUCAGUCAGACCUCGCACAAGGUCAGCGCGAGAUCAUUAAAGAGACAGAGGGACGGCGCAGACAGCCACCAAAAAAGGUCCCGAGAUAGCUCUGAUCCGACAAGACAGAAUGCAGAGACAGAUGGGUCCUGUUUUAAGUCCAGAAAGUCCCACAGCAAGAAUGACCUAUCGAAGCCAAAGCAGCCGUCGCCGUCGGUGGACUCACUUGUCAAAGAGACGGGCCCGCUCUGCCAGAUCACUGUGCGUAUUGGGGAGGAGGCUAUAGUGAAGCGCAGCAUCUCCGAGACAGACCUCAGGAGAGACAAAAGCCACUCUCCCCCCAAAAACAAAAGAGGUGAAGCAUCUUCGGUUAAGGCCGCCCAGCAUCACAAACACCAUGUCCACAGGCGGGCCAGCCAGGGGCAGGAGGAAGAUAAGGGAGGAGAUAGCAAGGAGGAGGUGGGCGAAAACAUGAGCAACUCCUGCGACGAGUUGAGGGAGUACAACUUUCGCCAAAAAGUGCGUGAGCAGGAGAGCGACCACGACACGGAGGACAACCUGUGGCGACCUUACUACUCCUACAAGCCCAAGAAAAAGGCGCAGGCACAUCUGCAGAGGUUCAAAAGCUGGCAGCGGAAACUCAAGUUUAAGCGCGCUCUUCGGCUGAAGAGGAGAGCGGAGAAGCUGAAAAAGUCUGAGAAUAAAGAAAUUGGGAAAUCACAAGAUGAGGAGGAGGAGGAGGACGAGGAGGGCGGAAAGCCCUCAGAGGCUGACAAGGCUGGAUGUGAACGAGAAGACAAACAAUUAAAGGAGGCCUCCCAUGAGCGCUCCGCCCCUUCUGCGCCAUCCCCAAAGCCUCCUCUCGCGACCUCCAUCGCUGCUACGGGACUCAAAAGGCGGCCUUGGACCAAUGGGAAUGCUGCAGAGUGCGCUACAUGUGGCUGCUGGUUCUCGAGCACCAGCAAGCGGGACCAGCACGAGCUGAGCCAUCUUCUGGAGUUUGUCUGCCUCUUCUGCCGAGCCACUUUCCCCUCAAGGGACAAAUUAGAAGGCCACCAGAGGAUCCAGCAUCCCAAGCCCGCCGACAUAUCCGCAGCCGUGCAAAAAGUGCCACUCGGCGAGCAUCCCACUGUGGUCAAGCCUGAGUAUGGUGACGAAAAGCAAGCUCAGGUCAACUUGAGUAACUCGAGUCCGCCCCGCCUAAGCAGGAGAGCGUUGUCAAGGCACACCUGCCCACAGUGUCACAAAGUGUGCAAGACGUCCUCUGCGCUCAGUCGCCACAUCCGACGUCACGAGUUCACCGGUUCUCCAGAGAGGACAAAGGAAGACGACGGUCCGGAGCCCCAAGCGACGGCCGAGAGCAAAGACAAGGUCUGUGAAAAAGGCAAGGUUGUGUCAGUCAUAAGCUACUUGACAGCAGACCCCCCUAAAAGUGCUGACUCGUCAUCAUCACCAGACCAUCACAGUGAACCAACAUCCCAACACUGGCAAGCGGAGUCCGGUGACAAGCCUGAAGUGGCAGAGCGCACGUACCUGGAAUCUGAGACGAAGCUCAGCCCAAAGAUUAGUGAGAGCCCUGUUAACCUUGCGCCCACUAAAGCUCAACCCCCCGUAUCCACACCCCCCAAUCUCCAGACUGUGCUGGUCAUGAACGGGCCCGAAUGUUUGGACUUCUGCACCCCCGGCAAACGGAACCCAGACAAAAUGGCGAGCCCUGUCCACGGUAUGGUAAACCCUCGCACCUCAGCUAAUGUACCCGUGCUGCCACAGACCAGAAUAACCACUGCUGCCCCCCCUGUUUCCGUAGGAACCGCUAACAGUUCGGAUCGGGGAGUUUUGGCACGAGAUGGGGUCAUUAUGGACAGAGAGAGGCAAGCUCGGAGCGGUAUGCUUGUGCGCGGCAGCUACCAGGAACUCCCCCUGGUCCAAGCUCUCCGAGUUCAGUCACUGUCCCGCAGUCCGUCUCCCAAUGAAGCACAAGACCUGACCAUGUCCUCCAUCCUAGCUCGAGAGAGGGAGACAGAAAGGCAACGACUACAAAAGAGGGCGCUCGAGAAACGGCGAGAAAGGGGGAGAGACAAAGACCAAGAGAAAGACAUGGAACGGGUCCAACACUUGAGUCGACAUGAACAGACCACAGUGGACCAAACAACUCUAUUAGUUCCCAAAGAGGAGCCUUUGAGUCCUGUGCCGUCCCCGCAACAUAUCCCCACUAUAACCACUACAAAUGGGCCUCUGUCGCACAGACACACUCCAAAGUCUCCCUGCCGUCCUGGACUCUUAGCCGGAGCCAACCAACAGAUCCAAGAGCUAGACCGACUCACGUUACCCAACAGCGGGGACCGCCCCUCCGCCCAUGCUCUCCUCCUCCCGCGGGCACCAAAACCGCCUGAGCCUGAGCGUCACAACGCUCCCAGGGACGGCCAGCAUGUGGAACCUGCACCGGUGUGCUACCCUGUCCAGGAUUACCCCCUUCCCCUUCUUGUACCGGACACCUAUCAACCCAAUAAGAAGCAGGAAGACAACCUCCUUGUGUCCUCCUUUCCUGCCGGAGCGCUUCCCUUUGGACCUCUGGGAAAGAUGAUGGUCCCUAACGCCGCUGACUUGGCCAAGCUGCCGUUCUAUCCGGACCCGUACCAGCUCCUCUACGGCUCCCAGUUUCUGGCCUACCCAUACAAUGUGGCGGCUCUUCCUGUGGCUCUCAACAUGAUGGCGCCCGGGGCAGACAAGGUGGAGCCUCUGCCCUUCCUACCGGCCAUCUUCAACUAUACCGCGGGUGCGGGUCCCUAUAUGGGUGCCCCGCCGCACCCGCUGGUGGCCAAGCCCAGCUUCUACGGUGGUGGGAAGAAGCAACGAGACGGCAGCAGCAACAAACCAUAGGACGCCCAAAGGAUUCUUCUAUCACAACGAGGAUAGGACCGGGGAGGGAAGGGGUGGCCAAUGUUUGAGUGACCCAUCCUCACCCCCUCCCUCCCAUCUUUGUUCUCUGCUGUUUUGCCGUAGUGUGUCGUAGCUCUAGAACUUGAUUCUCUCACCUUGAAUAUACAAAUGAGAACUGCGUACAAGGUGUUUUCCUCCGGCGCCCCGUCAGUGUAGCCCGUCACAGCCUGAGCGCCGAGUGACUCGAAGCCAGUUAUAGACACUACUUACAAACGCUUGGGGUAGUUGGGCUUUGGGGUGAAAUUUCUGGAUGGAAACUACGAAAACCUUUACAGGUGGAGUUUGACCUCAAAACCUUUGAAUGUCCAAUUGUUCUCCGUUUCCGUGAUUUUUGCACAACUUGCUGUUCUCUAACAAGGAAGAAGUCCAAUGUCAAAAUUCAAAACAGGUACUUGAUCCAUAAAUCGAGCUCAUCAAUAUUCCGUUUCAUUUAAAUUUGGUAUUUAAACAGUCCACUAAGUCAUACCGCAGCAGAUGUCACAUUUCCCACGACCAGGUCAGAGUGAAUUUUAGGUUCAUGCUGAAAUUUCAGCCCAAAGCCGUGUGAAGGUUUUGCCAGUGGUGCGUUUGAGCAGCGCGGGCACGAAUCUCCGCAGACUCGCGGUGGUGGCGCGCGCUUGUAUCGAGGACAGUUUGUACGGUGACGCGCGUGCUGCGACUAAUGGGAUCUGCGCGUGUGCGGCUCGGGCCAAACAGGCAGUAUUCCUCCGCUAGUCUGCUUCGCACCAGUAGUGCGUCAAAGAGCCACGCGUGCAGAAGGGAUACGUCGUGCCGGAGAGUGUGCGACAACUCGUCUCGACACGCCGUGUGACUUUGUGGCCAGACGACACUGUGGGACGUGUAUAGCAUAGUUUAUACCUUAUGUGCACAAAUAUAGUCAACUAGUGGUCACUCAAAGGGGGGCACUUGUAGCUGCUUUGGAUAUGUAGCUGGUCACUGGGUUAAGAAAUGCAGGCUGGUAACUAUUGCACUUCCCUUCAUCUCGUUUCCUUUACUACGCAACAGAGGAAAUAAAGAUUUACCCCCCCCCCCCCCCGCCACUCUUGGAGUAGAAGGACAAAAAAAAAAUAUCUAAAGGAUUCAGGGUAUCGAGGUUUUUCUAGGUGAGGAAAAAGGAAGCAAACAUUUGACUUCUGAUGAGGUUGAGCUCAACAGCCAAAGUGAUGCCUGGACAUCCCCCCCCCUCCCCCCAUGUCGUUACGUUAUCGCUUGUAUGUUCAACGAUGUUGCUGGUUAGGCCCCUCCCCUCUUGUGGCAGUGGCUCCGAGGGGCGGGGGGGGACCUCAACCUAAAGAUAUGAAUGUAUAUUUUAGUGAUGCGGUCAAUGAAGUACAGCUGCAUUAAUGGUAGACUAUGGCAAACCUUUUGAGUAUUUCUUCCACGUCCUUGAUAGCCACUUUAGAAGUCUGUGUACUAUGAUGCUCUUUGUCCUGGCCAGUAAGACAAUACUCCACACUAGGAGUACGACGAAAGUGUAGUAGUGGAAUUGACAGUUCCAUGUUUUACUAGUAAUGUUGUUUUUUUUUUUUCCCCA